CAUCACAAUGUUUCCUACAUCGAAAAGAAGGAUUAUAGAGUUGUAGAUCUAGUACGACAAAGAGAAAUACAAGACUCGGUGACACACACAAUUUCGCAAAGACUACAUGUUACUGAAAAUCUCAUAUUACGUCUAGGUUUAGAAAAGGAAUUAAAUGGUCAUACAGGAUGUGUUAAUUGUUUAGAAUGGAAUGAAACUGGACAAAUACUCGCAUCAGCAUCUGAUGACAAAGAUAUCAUAUUGUGGGAUCCUUUUCGUUAUGAAAAAAAAUUGGUACUUCAUUCAGGUCAUCGUGGGAAUAUAUUCUCUGUAAAGUUUAUGCCAAAAUCAAAUGACAGUAUACUGGUGUCAGGUGCAGCGGAUUGCAGGAUUCGGGUGCACGAUCUAACACUCUCCGAACCAAUAUUCACGUGUAAAUGCCACAAGCAGCGCAUCAAACGUAUCGCCACUGUGCCCAGUAUUCCGUUCUUGUUUUGGAGCGCGGGCGAGGAUGGUCUCUUCUUACAAUAUGAUAUUCGUACGCCGCAUAUUUGCAGGAAUAAUAAUCACAACGUUCUCGUGAACUUGGUUUAUCAUAUGGGUCGUUAUGCGGAAGGCAAAUGCAUUGCCGUAAAUCCGAGAAAGCCUGAACUGGUAGCUAUCGGCGCCAAUGAUGCUUAUAUUCGGAUGUACGAUCGACGAAUGAUAAAGUUAUCACAGGUUCCUCCAUCUCCCUCUAUACACGAUAACUCAGAUUGGGCAAAUAUUAGUACUUAUCGAGCAGGAAAAGGUGAUCCAGAUGAUAAUAUUCCAUUGGGUAGCACACAAUACUUUAUUGCAGGUCAUCUGCAUUCUCGUGAUGGUAACAGGAGCAUUACAACUACCUAUUUGACAUUCAGUGAUAAUGGAAAUGAGUUACUCGUAAAUAUGGGUGGAGAACAAGUUUAUCUGUUUGAUAUCAAUGAUUCAAAUAAUUCAAAAACAUUUUUCAGUUCAUCAAAGAAAUAUUCAAGAUCAAUAGAGUGGGAUCAAGAACUUGGCAAGUAUUAUUUGAAACAAAAUGACAUUAGCUAUAUGGAAGAUCUUGUAAACAAAACUGUAAAAAUAUUGCCACCUUACGUUGAAGAAUUGAAACGCCAAGCAAAUGAGGGGUUUGAGCAACAAAAAUAUUCACUAGCAAUUAAUUUAUAUAAUAAAGCAAUUUUUUACUGUCCAAUGGCGGCAGUAUUGUAUGCUAAUCGAGCAGCUGCUUACAUGAAACGUGCUUGGGAUGGCGAUAUUUAUGCCGCUUUACGAGAUUGUCAGACAACAUUACUUCUUGAUUCGGAACAUGUAAAAGCUCAUUUUAGAUUGGCACGUUGUCUGUUUGAUUUAAAUCGAUCAAUUGAAGCUGACAAAGUACUCAAGAAUUUUCAACAAAAAUUUCCAGAAUAUACAUCUAAUUCAGCGUGUAAAGCAUUGAAAAUGGAUAUAAAAGAAGCUAUCGAUGCUGGAAAAGACGUGACACAAAGUAGCCAAUCAUUUUUCCCAAUAUCAGAAUAUGAGCAAGAAUGGAGACGUAAUACAAUCGAUUAUAAAAUGAGAUUUUGUGGUCAUUGUAAUACGACGACUGAUAUAAAGGAGGCAAAUUUCUUUGGAAACAAUGGUCAAUAUAUAGUAGCUGGAUCAGAUGAUGGUUCCUUUUUUAUCUGGGAUCGUAAUACUACUAAUAUUAUACGUGUACUGCGAGGAGAUGACAGAAUUGUCAAUUGUUUACAACCACAUCCAUCCACAUGUUUAUUAGCUACUAGUGGUAUUGAUCCAGUGAUUAGAUUAUGGAGCCCGUGGCCAGAGGAUGGCAGUGUAAAUGAAAGAGAAAUUCAGAAUCUAGAUGAUGCUGCAUCAGCCAAUCAAAUACGUAUGAAUAGCGAUCCAUUUGAAUUAAUGCUUAUGAACAUGGGAUACAGAUUUCCUGUUCCUCAACAUGAAUUUAGUGAUGAAGAUGGUGAAGAUCAACAUGAUCAGCCAAUAACACAAGCUUUAAAUUGCAGGCCAAGUUAAAAUCUUGUAAGAAAUUCAUAAAACCAGCAGAUUAAAAAUGGUUAGAUAAUUGAUCUAUAUAUUAAUAUACAUAUUAUAUUAUCUUUCACAUUUUAAUUUACUAUUUUAAUAUUAAUUAUUUAUUUUUUCACCGAUACAUCAUGAAUUACUUUUAUGUAAUAAUAAAAACACUUUUGUAAGAUUGAAUAUAAGAUAAAAUUUUAUUUCUUAAGAUAUGAAUGUAUUAAGAAAGGUAAAACAAAGAUAUUAAGGAAAUUAUGUAUUUCAAAUUUAUAUUAGAAUAUAAUUAAUAUAUUAUGUAUAUGGUAUAGGUAUGAGUGCGAAUGUGUAUAUGUGUGUGUAUCUUUGUAUAAAAUGAGUUGCUUUUAUCUUCUUGUCGCAUUAAUAUGGAUAAAUAAAAUUUAAAACUUUAAAAACUAUUAAACUAAAAAUAAUUUUAAAAUUAAUUAACAGAUGAUGGUAUAAGUUCCCAUAAAUUCUGUAAUGUACUGCUUUCUCUGGGCUCUUCUGCAGCGAGUCCUAAAUGAAUUGCGAAGUUGGGUUUUCUCUGACCUGUAUUUCCUUCAGAAAAAUAAUAACCAAAUACAUUUGAUAUUUCAGGUUGAUUAUCUUGUAUCUCGGUGAAAUGUUCUAUAUUAAUGUUCUCCUCUUGUGAAGAUGCCUGUAAUACAUACACAGAUACGCGCAUAUAAUAUUUACAUAUUUUCAUGGAAUGAUGUAUCAGAAUGUCUAUACUUCUAUACUAAAUUUGUACAACAGCAAAAUAUUAAUAUAUGCUUAUAAGAUA